AUGUCGUGGAGCCUAUUGCCCAAUGAACUCAUCUCUCAAGUUGUAGGAUACAUGGAUGUAGCUACCAGCCUGGCAUUAUCAUCUGUUGAUAAGAGAACACGAGAAGCGGUGCGAGUCGACCGACGGCGAACUGUUAACGCUUAUCUGAGGCACUUUGUUGAUUCAGAGCAAGCAGCAUAUGACUUGAGACAGACAAUGCGCGCGGCCAAUGCAUUUUUCUGGGGCAGACAAGUCGCCCAAUUCAUGAUGCUCCGGCAGCAGGAAGAUGGCAAGGCAGAAGAACGAAUGACCGUCCUAGCAGUCUCUGGGGACAGAAAGGAAAUGGCAUUCCAAAUCAUUGAUUUCUUCUGCAGCAACGGGUUCAGGAUAGUGACCUGCUGUCACGCACUGGAGCAGGUCGAAAAUUCUACAUCAACGAGAGAGUCACAGCCCUUGACCCGACCUCCUGCUGAAGCACGCCGUUCGGCGGUAGACCAAUGUCUCCAACAUGCCACACCGUCUCGACGCAUCUGCUCCUCACUUCUCUCGCGGGCGCCACGACACGGACGGCGGGGUUUCAAGUCACGCCUGGGUAAAUAUCGUUUGACAGGCACCGCUGUGGCGCCUCGUGAUGCGCGAGAGAGAGAUGAGCAGAAGUUGGGCCGGAUUAGUAUGGACAUGUGGAUGGCAGUGUCUCCUCGGCCUUCGCAUGGGCUUCUCCGGAGUAGACCGGGCGAAGGGUGGGUAACUGGUGGAAUAGCUGUCUCCUCAUGGAGAGGCAUCCCCCUCUUGGGCGGCAUCCUCCAUCUGGAAGGCAUCCUCCAGGUGGAAGGCAUCCCCCAGUUGGGAGUGCCGGAGAACGGACGAUGGCGAAUGGCGCUGCACUUGGCGGCGGAAACCGGACGUGGAUUUCUCAUUGUCAUGUUGUCGGCUCUACCAGUCGAUGCGUCCUCCAACAGUACACGUGCUCUACUCAGCCAGGGGUUCACCACCCGGAGCUACGGGGUCACAAGCAAUGCGAGGACUCCAUAG